UGGAGAUUCUGGCUCUGCAGGAGUCAUGUCAGGGGACCUCCAGAGCCAAUCUGCUUGGACUGAGAAGUGAUAAUUAUUCAUGGGCUCCUGCCUCCUGCUCUUUCUCUUCCACAGCCCCACUCUGCAGACUCAGUGCCUUAUUCAGUCUUCUCUCUCUCUCCGCUGCUGUAGCUGGACCCCUUUGCCUUUCCUCACCUCUGAGCAUCCAUCGGCACAUCUCUACAAUGGCUAAAACAGCAAUGGCCUACAAGGAAAAAAUGAAGGAGCUGUCCAUGCUGUCACUGAUCUGCUCUUGUUUCUAUCCUGAGCCUCGCAACAUGAAUAUCUAUACAUAUGAUGAUAUGGAAGUGAAGCAGAUUAACAAACGAGCCUCCGGCCAGGCCUUUGAGCUGAUCCUGAAGCCACCAUCUCCAGUGUCAGAGGCUCCCCGAACUUUAGCAUCUCCAAAGAAGAAAGAUGUAUCUCUGGAGGAGAUACAGAAGAAGCUGGAAGCCGCAGAGGAAAGAAGAAAGUCCCAGGAGGCCCAGGUGCUGAAACAAUUGGCAGAAAAGCGAGAGCACGAGAGAGAAGUCCUUCAGAAGGCUUUGGAAGAGAACAACAACUUCAGCAAAAUGGCAGAGGAAAAGCUGAUCCUGAAAAUGGAACAGAUUAAAGAGAACCGUGAAGCUAAUUUAGCUGCUCUUAUUGAACGCCUUCAAGAAAAGGAGAGGCAUGCUGCAGAGGUCCGUAGGAACAAGGAGCUCCAGGUGGAACUGUCUGGCUGAAGAUAAUGGCAGACAUAACAUAUCCCCAUCUCUAGUAAACUCCCCUGCCUAUAUUAUAAUGGAUCACGCGAUAUCAGUAUGGGAAAAUGUAUGACAUGGUUUAAAAAAAAAAAGAACUCAUUAUAAAAAACAAACAAAAAUAAAAACAAUGCAGUCUCUUUGCAGAAUGAUUUGCUUGAUGUUUAAAAAACCUUGGAUCUUAUUUUGUAAAUACUUACAUUUUUGUUAAAAAAUACAAGUAUUGCAUUAUGCAAGUUAUUUCAUAAUCUUACAUGUCCUGUAACAGGCUUUUGAUGUUGUCUCUUUCCACUCAAUUGAAUUUGCUAGGUCUGUUCUUUCGAAAGCUCCCCACAUCCAACUCCAUUCCCAGCACUUUUCAUUCCAACAAAUAAUGAGGUCAGUAGUAGGUUAUGGUGCUAGAGACCAAUCAUGCCUAAUUGCCUAGAAUGCUUCGUAAUCUCUGAGCUUUGUUAAGACAAUAACUAGAUCACAGGUAUUGUGACUCCACCUGGAAACCAUCCAAAAAAACAGCUUUGACAUUUGUACGCUCAUAAUCUAUUUAACAGCCUAGAGACAACAGAAUAAUUCUAAGACAGACAAAUUGAUAAUAUUCGCACUCAUUUCUGCUUCCAUUGGAUUAUGGGCAACAAAUGUGACUUCAAAUUUAGAAAAGGGAUGGAUGGAUGGAAAGAUAGCUGAGAUUGAUCUGAGUAGAAGCAAAAAGCUGAAUGCUAUAAAGUGCUGAACAUGGCAAGGCCUAAAUGGUACAAAUACAGCCAUAAAACACUCUUCAUAAAAGUGGGCUUAAUUCUCUAGUUUAAGUUCUUUUGAUGGAAUGAAUUAAUUAAUGUGUCAGGUGGCUUAUUUGUGGAUGCCAUGAUGUUCAUUUUUAUGCUAUUACAUAUAGUACAAGUACAUGAUGCUACUGAAUAUUUUUCAACUUGGAACCUGUGAGCUGGUUGUUGCAUUUAAGACAUAUACACACUUACAUAGACACUCCUACACACUGCUGACUUCCAUUCAAAGCUGGCCUUUCCACCAGUGUUAGGGGACCCUGCCUCAUUAAAAAGACUUCUCUAACCAUGAGGGCUGUAACAGUUAGAGGGCUAGAAAGGCACUCGCUGCCACUACGGGACUCACAAAACACACCCACUCAAAGAUAUUCGCAGUUUUGAAGUUGUUUCCCCCAACCCCACCUCUCGAAGGUUGCUGCCUGCAUAUUCUCCUCUUCAUUAGUGCUAUUUUCCUGUAUGUCAUUGUGAGCAAGCUGUGAUUAAUAAAGAAUUGGGGUUCUGUGAACUGAAAAA